AUGUCUCCCACCGACGAUACGAAGAGCGGCCUCAAGGGCCUAGCCCUCGCCUCACUGUCCAUCCACGCCGACGACGGCGUGAGUGCCCACCGCGCUGUCGCGCCCGCUCUCCACCCCGCCGCCCCCAACGACUCCCACGUCUACUCCCGCCACUCCUCCCCCAACAUCGCCCGCUUCGAAGCCGUCCUCACCGCCCUCCUCCACGGCCCCGCCAUCACCUACUCCUCCGGCCUCUCCGCCUUCCACGCCAUGAUCGUCCGCCUCAACCCCCGCCGCGUCGCCAUCGGCGGCGGCUACCACGGCUGCCACGGCGUCCUCCACAUCAUGCAGCGCCUCACCGGCCUCGAGAUCCUGCCCCUCGACUGCCCCGCCACCGACCUCCAGCCCGGGGACGUCGUCCACGCCCGCGACGCCGGCGCCUACCUCACCGUCGACGCCACCUUCGCGCCCCCGCCUUUACUCGACCCCUUUGCCCACGGCGCCGACGUCGUCAUGCACAGCGGCACAAAGUACUUUGGCGGCCACUCCGACCUCCUCUGCGGCGUCUUGGCCGUCAGCCCCGCCCGCGCCGCCGAGGGCUGGCACGCCGCCCUCCACGACGAGCGCCUCCUCCUCGGCUCCGUCAUGGGGAACUUCGAGGGCUGGCUCGGCCUCCGCAGCGUUCGUACCCUCGAGCUCCGCGUCGAGCGCCAGAGCGCCACCGCCCACCGCCUCGUCGCCUGGCUCGCCGCCCAGACCGCCGACCCGUCCACCCCGGCCGCCAAGGUCCUCGACCGCAUCCACCACGCCAGCCUCCAGCCCGAGGCCGCCGACGAGACCUCCUGGCUCCGCAAGCAGAUGCCCCGCGGCUUCGGUCCCGUCUUCGCCAUUCAGACCCGCACCGAGGCCGCCGCCAGGCACCUGCCCAGCAAGCUGACCCUGUUCCACCACGCUACGAGUCUCGGCGGCGUCGAGAGCCUCAUCGAGUGGCGCGCCAUGUCCGACGAAACCGUUGAUAGGACGCUUCUUAGGGUUAGCGUCGGCGUGGAGGCGUGGGAGGACCUGAGAGAUGAUCUGCAGGCCGGCUUCGCAGCUCUUGUGGCUGAUAACCUUGCUUGA